CGUAAACAAACACGUCAGUGGCCGCCGUGUGGUUCACCUUCCUCACUUGUUAUCUUUUAUCUGUGUCCUCCCACCUGAUUAACAAAAGCUGAUAGGCCUUCACCUGAGUUAGUGGACAACACAUGGAGCAUGGCAGUUCCUCCACAACUGUGUGACCUCACUGUCAAGGUGGAAACAGAGGGAAACAGUAAACCUCGCUGCUUGCUGGACCUGACUACUCAGAAAGAUCCCAAAGUUAACAAGUUAGAGAACAUAAGCCUAGAACUUAGCCCAGAAACUCUCACUGCUGCCAUUGAUUCUCUGGUUAAAGUACGCGCCCAGUUGGACUCUAUUGCUAAAAAGACAAAAGCAUAACGUGUACCUCAGAUAAUUAAAUACUGUUCAAUAAAAAAGACCUGAUUUAUAUUGACAUUACAGUAUUUACUUAUAACUCAUAGCUAGUGUAGAUAGCAUAGUGAUUAUUAAUUGCUAUUGUAAAAAAGCUAAUAACUUGAUACAAUAAUAUAAAGCCUAAAUAUAUUAUGAAAAACGAAGAAAUCAUUUUUUUGAAGAAUUAAUACUGACAGCAAAACAGCAAAGUAUAUUAAUGACUGGGACUUGUAUAACACAAUUCAUCCAGUGAACAACAGUAUCCUCUAAUGAUGGACACUGAAGGAAAUAUGUCACAUGAAGUAGUGGAAGGGAAGGAUGGGUUUUCUUUCAGACCCCAGCGAGAGAAGAGAGAGAUGAUGCCACAACAUCUCUCACCUCCCAAAUUCCUCCGACAACAACCAAGAAGACACCAUCACAAAAACCAGAGGAGUCGAGGUCUUUUAGGGAAGGCGGGGAACAACUUUCCGCUGCUCGAGUACACAGACCACAUCCAAGCCCAGAUGGAAGUGGAAGAGCACUUCAACAAGCAUUUCACUUUCACACAGUCAUCAGAGAGAGGAGAUGAAGCUUGGAAACUUCCUGCAGCAGAAACAAUGUACACACAACCAGUAUGGCAGAUGGAAGACUUACAGGCCAUGAAGGUAUCAUUGAACAAGACCAAACAACAGCUGGGUGACAAGGACAUAGAACUGUGGCACUCCCACACUAACAACACUAACCCCACCCAGAAGAUCUCCUACAGUGUAAAACGAAAUGCUCAGCCAGAGAUGGUGACACAGGCAUGGUUGAAGUUUUAUGAAAUAGUCAAUGCCUAUCCCAUUGUCCCGCCGGAUGUAAAGACUGAAAUGGAACUGGUCACCUCUGAUGCUGAAGAUCAGGAUGAACCUAGCCAUGAGGAGGGAGGCAGUACAAACUUCAACUCUGUCCACCUGUGUGAGGCACCCGGGGCAUUUAUUCUGGCACUCAAUCACUAUCUGGCACUUAACAGAUCAUCACUGAAUUGGCAAUGGUUGGGUAACACACUGAACCCUUACUACGAAGGUACACCACUCGACCAGUGCAUCGCUGAGGACCGCUUCAUCUAUCUCACCCUCAAGAACUGGUCAUUUGGCAAAGACAACACCGGAGACCUUAUGGUACGGAACAACCUAUGUGAUAUUGUACAGCGUGCUCAGUGCCUCGGGCCCAUUCACCUGGUAACAGCCGAUGGGAGUUUUGAUUGCCAAGCUAAUCCUGCCGAGCAAGAGAAGAUGACCCAUUCCUUACACCUGUGUGAGGUCGUAGCGGCUAUGUCUGUGUUAACUCCUGGAGGCUCCUUGGUUAUUAAAAAGUUUACAUUAUUUGAAAGUGAAACACUGAACCUUAUUUAUCUGUUAUGUUGUGUUUUUGAACAUGUUCAUAUGUACAAGCCAGGCACUAGUAAACAGGGCAACUCUGAAGUGUAUGCCAUUGGUUUAAAUUAUUGUGGUAAGGACAAAUGUAGUGAACAUUUAAAAAAAAUGUCUGAAAUAUAUGGCCAAAACCCUCACCCAAAUUCAAUGUUUGCACUUGAGGAUUUGCCUAAAGCCUUCAUAGAACAAAUUAGAAACUGUGCUACCAAAUUUAUGCAGUAUCAGGUCAGUACAAUCACUCGAAACUUAGCCUUAUAUCAGAGUAUGCCAGAAAGGGAGAAACAAUAUAAUGAAUUACUCAAAACCAGAGCAACUACCUUAUUCUUUGAUCGUAACUAUUGUGUUUCAAUACCAAAGUGUAAAACUCUUACAGAUUGUAAUGUCAAUAAAUCCCGGUAUCUCUUAGAUAGUGACUGGAACAAAACUGCAAGUGCAAUGCUUAUGAGAACUAACUGUGUUCGAACUAAGCUAGAAGUUCUCAAUCAGUUACUCAGAAGUUGUAUACAAGAUGAUUCAUUUGUCAGGCAGAAUAAUGUUGUGGAUGGGAAUACAGGAGUUAAACCAUCAGCAACUUUUGCAUCACCACAGUUGGAGAUAAUUGAGUUUGAAGUAAGUAAGGGGAAACCAUUUCAUUAUACUGAAUCUUCAAAAUUUUGUUCAGAGAAAGUAAUGAGGAUAUACAGUGAAUUGCAUCGUGUGUGGGUGAAAGUGAAUGGCAGCAACACGAUCACUUUUGAUGAACACCUCGUGUCCCCAGUACUCCAGCAGCACCCAGGAUCACAGGUAUUAAGGGGUGAGACAACACCUGGUCCACACUCAGGAUGUUGGGUGCUGGAGCAAGUUUUAGUGCUGUUGGAGGAGGGAGGCGUUUGUACUGGUGGUUCUGUAGUGCUGUUGGGUGCGCCACUUCUCUCUCGUCUUCAGUUUGGUUUGUUUCUGGUUCUAGGGUCUGCCUUCAAAAAAGUUCACAUUUAUACAGAUAAGGAAGUUGGGAAAAGUUUGCCAAUACUUGUGCUAGACUGCUUAAGAUCAGUUGGUCUUGGGGAGGCUGUUGUUCGUGCACUUCACCGUGCUGGCUGGAGCCCAGAUGGGGGGACAGGUGGAGCACAGGGUUUCUUACAAAUUGUUACUUUACAAAGUCUCUUACAUUGUGAGCAUCAUCAGGCUGUGUUUCAUUACAACAUUCAUCACAGCAUUCAUCAUGCUUUGGCUUUGUAUAAAAAUGCUGUGAUGCACCUUGGAUGAUUCAUCUAAAACAGUGAUUGAUUUUAUGUACCUGUAUAGUACAGUACAGUAUCUAAAUAUCCACCAUUGAUGAACACCAAGUUUGAGAAACAGCCGAGCCAUUUUUUGUGUGAAAUAUUUAUUUUUUAAAUAAUGCAUUAGUCUCCAAACCAAGGUUGGUAACAUUUCUCUUUAUGAUUUUAGGUAUUGUAAUGUUUUAUUAUUUCACUUGUGAAGAUCUUCUCCCACUUUGGCUCAGGAUGGCUGAAAUCAAAAGUAACAGACUUCUUCAUUUCACAAUUGUUUAUUUCCUUGCUACUUAGUUCCUACAGUGGUGUUCCCCGAGAUGUUCAUGUGGUUUAUAUUUGUCAUUUCAUACAAUAUUGCUGCAUCACUCCAGCCACACAUCAUGAGCAUCAUUUUAUGGCCAUUUUCCACAUUUGCUUGGGUAACCUGAGAUUACCUGAGGGCAGCUCUUCAAGGUGCAUGGUAUCUUGCAGCCUCCUUCAUCAAGUGCUAAUUUCUAAGAUAAUUUCUCACACCUUCUCCCCAUGUUAUUCUUGGACUACCUCUGGCUCUCCUUCCCUCCACAUUCAAACUCCUUCAUCUCUUGAUCCAGUUGGUCUCUUCCAUGCUCCCCACAUGUCUGAACCAUCUCAGCCUGCCUAUAUGCUAAACCUUGCUAAUAUUCUCAAUAUCCAGCUGCCUUCUUAGUUCUGAACAGGGUUUCCAAUCUCUAAAGGUCACAUUCCAUAUCCAUCUUACCCUACUCUUUUCUACAUAGUUCUUAUGCCGUCUACAUACAACUUUCCUUUCAAGCGAAGAGAAGGUCAUGUUGUCAAUAAAGGCAAGAACUCCCUCAAUUUCUUUCAGUCACUAAUGACUCUUGCAACUGAGUUUGCUUCAGCACUCUUCACGCUAUCCAGGUGAAGGCCAGCAUGAGAUAUUCCUCCUGCUUCUCUCACACCUGCCUAUACUACAGCUUGUGGCAACUUGUUGCCUCCUGUUUAUCUUCGCUACUUUCACUCAAUAUAUCUCUGAAAGGAUAUCCUCCACUGUCUGAUAUGUUAUCUUCAUAAAGUUCAAGACUAUGAGAUAUACGUAUUAUAUAAAGUAGUAUCACAUAUAUUGGUCAUUACUGGCAGGAUCACAUGGACUUCCUGGUCAGAAAGAUGGCAGCAGCCUUGAUAUCAUGAGUCACUGCUCAUCGGUUAUGGUGUGGGAUGAAGUCUUUUUGGGGUCCCAGGUUAAGUUGUCAGAUGUACUGAACAUGAAGUCUACAGAAGAAAAAUUGGUGAGCUUGAACUUGAUUUGCAGGGAAGAAACCUAAUAGUAGGUCUGUGUCAUUACGAGUGAAGGUCGGGGAUGAUAUAACUGAGGUUAACAGGUGAAUAUUUCUUUUUGAAACUUCAGUACAGUACAAUACUGUAUAUGAAAAAUUACUGGCAAAUAUCAUUUUCAACCCUACCUCAAACUUCUUCAUAUUUCUUGCCCUCCUAAGUACUGUAUACGAGUUCAAAUUUGACAUUACAGUAGUAGAUUGUAACAUGGUAGAGAGUAACUGUGUUAGCCAUGAGUUCACACACUAUAUUGUAGAUAAAGCCAAGUCUUGUAUGAGAGGAACACAGAUGAAUGAACAGGAUUAAGUUUGUGAGAAUUGAAUACUGUAUAUGGUAUUACAGUGGACAAUUGUAUUCAGUGCCUUAAAUCAAAAUACCAAGAUUUAAUUUAACAUAGGAUAUCAAAACAUUAUUUUUUAUAUGCCAGCAAAUGUGGCACUGUAGUAUUAUGACAUGGAAAUAUCCUUUGAUUUUUAUUUGGUAAGUGAACUUUUCCUUUACACAUUUUUAAUGAAUUUUUUGAGAAUGUCACUCAAAGAAAACUACAGAGCAAGAAUACUUAUGAAGUCCCAAGCUUCUAUAAUACAGUGAAGCUUGUAAGUGUCUUGUUCUCAAAAUGUGGAUCCCUUUAUUUUCAUAUGGUAGUUGUAGUGAAAUAAAAGAUGUAUGUUUUAAUAAAUUAUAUCUCCUUAUAAUGUGCAUAAUGUGAUGAAUGUGUACAGAGUAUAAACAUGAUGCUAACUUGGCAAACAUAUUCAUGUAGCCUUGAACACUGUUGUUGUAGCCUCACUAAUACUGUGCAUGGGUUUAAUACAAGAAAUCAUUGAAAUGUGUACAGUAAUCUGAGUGAUAUAAUGGCAUCACAAAAUUUGAACAGCUUUCUUUCACAUUGUACAGUAAGUAUGUAAAGAUUAAUGCAGUUUUAGGCAAAGGUCUGCAUGAUCUGUUCGAAUGAGGAUCUGGCUUGGGCAGGAGGUCUGACAGAAAUGAUGAGGUAUGACUCCCUCCCUCCCUCUUGCCUUCACCUGACUGUAAAGGAGAUUAAUACACUAUACCUUCAAUAAUGCUCACCUUUUGUGUUUAAUGGCAGAGCAUCAUCUUAAUGUACUCUAUAGUAUUUUAGUUAAACUUGUGAAUAUUUGUUCAUAUUUUUGUUACACUUGUAGAUGUUGUUUUGUAGAAAUUUCUUAUGGUAUACUAUGUUAAAUAUUUUUUCAUGUAUAUUACCUCUCCAUUUUAUAAUGGAGGAUCAGGAUUUGGUGUUUUAUAUCAGUUAGCUGCAGUAGUAGUGAUGGACAAUCCCACUUUGUGUUAUGAGUAUUUUGUGUUUUUUUUUAAAUCUACCAAAAGCCAUUACAUAAACUUUUAUACAGGAUACUACAAAUUUUUAACAGAAAAUCUAAAUACAGUAAAUGAGGUUUAAAA